UAUAGAAGGACACAAGGACCUGUACAAGGAGGCCAUGAUGGAGGAGCACCAGCCUCUUAUAUCACAAGAUGGAUCCAGGAGGAGAAAUCCCCCCGAGAGAUGUCCCCGUCCUCUGUUUUCCCAGGACUGUUCAGAGGAGAAGGUCCCGGAGAACCCUCAGAUGACAAGUCAGGAGGAAGAUCUGACUGUUAUUAAAGUGGAGGAUGAAGAAGAGUGGAUGAUGGGUGAUCCCCCGUGUAAGAGUGAGGUGGAGGAGGACAUUCCAGGAGAUGUCACCACAGAAAACCCGAAUAUGAAUUCUGAUGGAAAGUUCAUGUUAUCACUGAAUAUUAAAGCAGAAGAUGAAGAUAUCAUGCAGAACUUUUCAGGAGAAAACCUAAUUUCCUUUAACGUACAUUCCGGACUUCACAGUACAGAUGUGUCAUAUAAUUCCACUAAUUAUGACAAACCUUGUCCUGAUAAAUCACACAUUGCUACCCCAAGUAGAGGUCAGAAAGAGGGUAACAGGUUUACUACUGUGAAACCUUUCUCAAGGCUUUCAAUACUUAGCAGAAUUCACACAGGGGAGAAACCAUGCUCCUGUUCUGAAUGUGUAAAUUGUUUUACCCAGAAAUCACAGCAUGUUAAACAUGAGAAGUGUCACACACGAGAAAGACCAUAUACAUGUUCACAAUGUGGGAAAUGUUUUACACAAAAAUCAAGUCUUGUUACACAUCAGAGAAAGCACGGAGGAGAGAGACCAUAUUCAUGUUCACAAUGUGGGAAAUGUUUUACACAAAAAUCAAGUCUUGUUAUACAUCAGAGAACUCAUACAGGAGAGAAGCCAUAUUCAUGUUUAGAAUGUGGUAAAUGUUUUACAUGUAAAUCAUAUCUUGUUAAACAUGGGAGAACUCACACAGGAGAAAAGCCGUAUUCGUGUUCAGAAUGUGGAAAAUGUUUUACAGGUAAAUCAAGUUUUGUUAAACAUGGCAGAAUUCACACAGGAGAAAAGCCAUAUUCAUGUUCAGAAUGUGGGAAAUGUUUUACACAAAAAUCUGUUCUUGUUAGACAUGAGAGACGUCACACAGGAGAGAAGCCGUAUUCAUGUUCAGAAUGUGGGAAAUGUUUUACAGAUAAAUCAACUCUUACUAUACAUGAGAGAAGUCACACAGGAGAGAAGCCAUAUUCAUGCUCAGAAUGUGGGAAAUGUUUUACAGAGAAAUCAACUCUUCUUAUACAUGAAAGAAUUCACACCGGAGAGAAGCCAUAUUCAUGUUCAGAAUGUGGGAAAUGUUUUACACAUAAAUCAGUUCUUGUUAAACACGAGAGACGUCACACAGGAAAGAAACCAUAUUCAUGUUCACAGUGUGGGAAGUGCUUUUCAGAUGAAUCAAAUCUUGUUAUACAUGAGAGAUGUCACACAGGAGAGAAACCAUUUUGAAAUAUUUUAUGGACCUCUCCGGUCAUUAUGAAAAAUACAGACAUUCCUCUGACCUGUUCAAGAAAGAUGGUUUUGUUAAUACUUACGCAGCUGCCGUGCUGUUUAUGCCACUAUUAGUGUUGAGUGAAUCGAAGCAUACAAAACAGAAUUUGAUCCGAAAUUUAGGAAAAAAUUGAUUAGCCGUGAAGCCAAAUUUCCUUGUGCUUCAUGGAAACAAAUACAUUUUUCCUAUAAUGGUGGUUGAAAAUAAAAAAAUUAUACUCGCCUCAUCCACUUGAUACCGAGAGGCCACCCGCUCCAUCUUGAUUGAAUAACACACGCCAAAGUACCUGCAGUGAGCGUGAAGACGUCACCACAUGAUCAUGCUGGCCGCGCCUAGUGACGUCAUUAGUGAUAACAACACUGCACGCGGCCAGCAUGAUCACGUUGUCAUCACGCUCACAACAGGUCCUUUGGCGGGUUUUCUUCAAUCAAGAAGGGAGCGGAUGGCCUCUCCGUGAGCAAGUGGAUGAGGUGAAUAUAAUAUUUUUUUAUCCCUGGAUUAACCCCCUGAGCACCUGAAUGUGAGUCUCAGAUGCUGCGAUCAGAGUUGAGCAGCAUCUGAGGGGUUAAAUAACAGGGGGGAAGACAGGUUGUGCUUCAAGAAUCGGACAGAAAUUGUGAGUUUGUUUUCAAUUCAUCAUUUGGUGCCUACAGCAAUCCGUGAUCUCUGACUCACUAAUGUAAUGGCUACCUGAUGAAUCUACCACAUCGUCUUGAGAAUGGAUUGAUCCACAGACAAUACAAUUCUGUUUCCUUCCCCACUCCGUAAUUCCCUCCUCCCUUUCCCCAUUCCCAGAGACACGCGUUGAAAUAUGAGUUUAAUGUCUGUGCAGUUUAAUCCAGAUUCUUUCUACCAAUUUAAUUCCUGUAAAUUACAAUAUUUCAUUUGCUGAUUACGCCCAAGUUCUUCUCAGUGAUGGCUCUGUA